UUGUCUCCUUUUUAUCUUCCGUUUCUUAGCAACCGCAAUACCAAUUUUGUAAUUCGGGCAGGGUAAUUUUGUAAAUUCAUUAGCAAAGUUUGGCUCUUUGUUCUUUAACAUCACUCUGUGAGUUCGGCUUCUCGUAGUUUCCUUGCCCUGCAAAUGAACGGCAUCUGUUGUUUACAUAAAUGCUACUAUCUUCGUUCUCUUACCGCCACCAAACUGGCCGCAACCUUUCCUUUUUCUUCUUUCACCGCCGCCGACGAAUCAUGGGUUUCAGUGUCUUGCAACCCAGUUAUCAAGUGGCCCCAACCUUCGAACGGUCCUCCCUGGGCUCCACCGCCGCCACCACAACCACUUACGCCCCCUGAACAAAGCCUGUCGCCAAACCUUAGCCCUAGCUAUCAACAGGAUGACGUUACCACUCUCUACUCCCUACUAAGAGAUCCGUCUCUCCGGGCCGGUCACACCUUGGAAGCCGCGUUGGACAACACUGGGAUUGAACCGGUUUCGGCUCUCUUGCAAGCCGUGUUUGAUCAUUUCGAUUCUUCUCCUAAGUUGCUGCACACUCUGUUUCAUUGGGCGUUGAAGAAACCGGGGUUUCAAUCCACUCCGGCACUGUUCAAUUCGAUGAUCUAUCUGCUUGGGAAAGUGAGGGAGUUCGAUUCUGCGUGGUUCUUGAUUCUUGACCUGAUUGGUAAAAAUGAGGGAUUAGAGCUGAUUUCGUGCGAUACCUUUGCGAUUAUGAUCAGAAGGUAUUCCCGCGGAGGAAUGACACAACCUGCAAUUCGAACAUUUGAAUAUGCAAGCACUCUAGAUUUGAUCCGUAAUUCUGAUUCAGUGACAAAUUUGUUAGAGAUUUUGUUGGAUUCUCUUUGUAAAGAAGGCCAUGUUAGGGUGGCUUCUGAAUACUUUGACAGGAAGAAGGAACUUGAUCCAACUUGGGUUCCUACGGUUCGGGUAUAUAAUAUACUACUGAAUGGGUGGUUGAGGUCAAGAAAACUCGAACAUGCAGAGGGACUUUGGACCGAUAUGAGAAAUGACAAUGUGACCCCUAAUGUUGUCACAUAUGGUACCACUGUGGAAGGUUACUGUAGGAUGCGUCGUGUUGACAGGGCAAUUUCAUUAGUGCAUGAAAUGAGGAGGGAAGGAAUUGAACCAAAUGCUAUAGUGUACAAUCCAAUUAUUGAUGCUUUAGGGGAAGCUGGUAGGUUCAAGGAGGUUUCUAGGAUGAUGGAACGUUUUUCAUUGUGUGGAUCUGGCCCAACUAUUUCCACUUACAAUUCUUUGGUGAAGGGCUAUUGCAAGGCUGGAGAUCUUGUCGGUGCUAGCAAGAUCCUUAAGACCAUGAUUGGCAGGGGUUUCAUCCCAAUGCCUAAAACAUAUAACUACUUUUUCAGAUACUUCUCUAAAUUUGGUAAAAUUGAGGAGGGGAUGAACCUUUACACCAAGAUGAUCGAAUCAGGGCACAAUCCAGAUCGGCUUACUUACCAUCUUCUGGUGAAGAUGUUAUGUGAGGAACAGAGAUUGGAUUUGGCAGUUCAAGUUAGCAUGGAAAUGAGAGCUAGAGGAUGUGACAUGGACCUAGCCAUUGGAACCAUGCUGAUUCAUUUGCUUUGUAGAAUGCAUAAAUUGAAGGAGGCUUUUGCAGAGUUUGGGGACAUGUUACGGAGGGGUAUAGUGCCUCAGUACCUUACUUUCCGGCUGUUGAGUACUGAACUAAAGCAACGAGGAAUGGAUGAUAUGGCACAUAAACUCUAUGGUUUGAUGUCUUCUGUAUCUCAUCCAACAAACCUGCCCCCCGGGGAUCCAUCACGCGCAAGGAGAACAUCUAUAAUGCGAAAAGCUGAAGCAAUGUCUGAUAUAUUAAAAACUUGUAAAGCUGCGAGAGAAGUUGUUAAGCAUAGAAGAUUCUCUGAGAAUUUGGUUUCAAGUACCAAUAGGUUGAUAGAGAAUAUAAAGAAAAGAGUCAUGGAGACAUAAAGUUACAAACAAUUAAACAUUAGUGGCAGAAAAUAAUGUAUAGAUGGGCAGGGGGUGAUAGGGCUGCAGUGGAAUCUGUAUUCAAACUGAGAUUUUUAUAUUUGUCUGGAAUAAUUUUUCUAAUCUGUUAUUCUAUUAAACGUGAAAGCUUGCUCUAACUGUGAAAGUUAUGAAAACAAAUCAUGCAAGUGCAGACUGGCUUCUGGACGGUCCAGAACAUAUGAAGAAUGUAACAGGAGCUGGACAUUGCCAUAGAAGAUUUUGAAUAGCAUUGGGCUCGGAAUCUUAUGUGGAUUUGAACAGACUUGAUGCGUUUAGGUUCUUCUUCUUCUACCAAUUAACAUUUAACUCUUUGAAGCUAGAUUUAGGGGCUUUGUUUCUAUGAAGGCAAUGGAAAGUUCAUUGUUUCUGGUCCAUGAAGGGAGCUGUGUAAUGUGAUCUAAGGUCAUGGUGUUGUCCACCAAAAGAAGCAGCUAUAAUGGCUUCAGAGGGGGGAAUUUUUUGAAAAAGAAAGAAAAGCAACAAAGAUUCAAAAGAGCUCCUAGAAAGCACAACAAAGGCAACAAGUGAAAUCAUUUUCCAUACAGUUUUUUCUGGUACGAGUAAUGUUCUUCCCAAUAAUACAGUAAUUCAUUAUCUGAUUGAUACUGUGGACACCCACAACACAAUGAUAACUGUUGUCACUUGGGGAAUUCAUGAAGGGGGCAGUGCCAUAGUUUAGAUGGUUGUAGUUGGUGAGCCCUAAAAAGGAAGGGUAAGUAUUAUAAAAAAUAUGUUUCCUGAGUGCCAGAAAUGGAAAGUGUGGUUGCAACCAAGGAGAAAUUGGUAAUUUUGUGUGGUGCCUUUACGGGAAGACCAAUGAAAGAAAGGGACGGCAGCACGACAACGUGAGGACAGGACUUGGAACUAGAAGGAAAUAAGUUGUCUUAUAUUCAUCGGGAUUUUGGGUAUUGGCAUUUCCGCCCUUGUUUUUGUCUACAAAUUACCAUUUACUAAUAGUCUAAUAGUUGAGAGGACAUUUGCGAUUGACCAUAUUAUAAGGCAUGUUAAGGUGUAUAUAAAUGUACGUGUACAACUAAUGAUUUGUUCUUUUAGUGGUAUCACAACAAAAAUGUUUAACUUCUUUUUAUUAUAAU